AUGUUCCCUGAUUUUUCGACAGCAUUCGAUGGAGAUUGCGCAGAAUCGAUGGAGAAGGGUGAUGAUGAGGACGAGUCGAAUAAGAGGAACGAUACGAUGGCAGAUGAAGAAUUGUCUAGGCUCUUACAUGGACUACUUGAUAGGCAUGGAGUUGAAGAUCAGUUGGAGAGUAGAAGCAUGAAGAUGAUGUUUGAUGAAAUGUAUUUACCGAUGAUGUGGUUGCUGGACACAACGUGUGGUGCGAUGGCAGUGGAGAGUGAUAUUGAUAGAUCAAUGAUA